AUGGCGCCUAGAAAGGUCAUCCCCAUUGACAAGCAUUGGGAGUUCAAGCAGGCCGAUAAGGAAGACGCCGGCUUCCUUCCCGUGGCCCAGUUCCCUACCAAUGUUCACCUGGACCUCAUGCACCACGACCUCAUCCCUGACCCAUUUAUCGGCAAGAAUGAGAUUGAUGUCCAGUGGAUUGGUGAGAAGGUAUGGAUUUACCAGACAAAGUUCACGGCCCCGAGCGUCGGGACGGGAAGCAAAGCUGUGCUGGCAUUUGACGGGCUGGACACCUUCGCCGCGGUGGUGCUGAACGGCACCAAGAUUCUGGACUCGGACAACAUGUUCAUCCCUGAGCGGGUGGAUGUAACCUCGACCGUGAAAGAAGGCGAGAAUGAGCUGGUCAUCACGUUCGACAGUGCGUACCUCAGAGGCUGGAAGGAGGUCGAGAAGCAUCCUGGACACAAGUGGGGCUGCUGGAACGGAGACAACUCGAGGCUGGCCGUGAGAAAGGCACAGUAUGAGUUUGGAUGGGAUUGGGGCCCUGUUCUCAACACCUGCGGGCCUUGGAGACCAGUCAAUCUGGAGAUCUAUGAGUCCCGCCUGUCGGAUCUUUAUUUCGACACUAGCGUGGGCGAAGACCUGCGAUCCGCGACGGUCGUUGCACACGCUUCGGUCGAAGGAGCGGCCGAAAAGGUCAGCUUCAAGGUGUUUCUGGAUGGACAUACUGCGGCGACUGAAACCAUCAAAGGGAACGGAGACAUAGAGGCAACUUUCCACAUAUCCAGUCCGUCGUUGUGGUACCCGGCUCGGUACGGCGAGCAGCCUCUGUACGCUGUCACCGCGACGCUCCUCAGUGACGCCGAUGAGGAGAUUGAUACCGUGACCAAGAAGAUUGGAAUUCGACGGUCUGAACUCAUACAGCGGCCGCUGGACGGCCAACCGGGAACCUCAUUCUUCUUUCAGGUCAACAAUAUCCCAAUCUACUGUGGUGGGUCAGACUGGAUCCCAGCGGACAACUUCCUGCCCAGGAUUAGUCGACAGCGGUACUACGACUGGGUCAAACUCGUGGCGGACGGCAACCAGGUCAUGAUUCGCGUCUGGGGCGGUGGUAUCUAUGAAGACCAGGCUUUCUAUGAUGCCUGCGAUGAGUACGGCAUACUCGUCUGGCAGGACUUCAUGUUUGGCUGCGGCAACUACCCAGCCCAUCCAGAGAUUCUCAAGUCCAUCAAGCGUGAAGCGGAGGAGAAUGUCAGGCUCCUGCGUCACCAUCCAAGCAUUGUGAUUUGGGCAGGCAACAACGAGGACUACCAAUACCAGGAGUCCGCAGGCCUGACAUACGAUUUCGACAACAAGGAUGCCGAGUCUUGGCUCAAGACGGACUUUCCUGCACGAUACAUAUACGAGAAGGUGCUGGCCGAUGUUUGCGCAGAGCUCAUCCCUGGGACGUACUACCACUUUGGAAGCCCUUGGGGUGGUGGCAAGCCUACGUCGGAUCCAACUGUCGGUGACCUUCACCAGUGGAAUGUUUGGCACGGCAGCCAGGAAAAGUACCAGAACUUUGACAAGCUCGUAGGGCGCUUCGUCUCGGAAUUCGGGAUGGAGGCCUUCCCACACAUCAAGACCAUCGAGUCCUACCUGCCUCUCGGCAAAGACGACCCGGAUCGCUACCCACAGAGCAGCACAGUCGACUUCCAUAACAAAGCUGACGGACACGAGCGGCGCAUCGCCCUCUAUCUCGUCGAGAACUUCCGCUACGCCCCCGACCCUAUCGAGCAGUUCAUCUACUGUACCCAGCUCAUGCAGGGCGAGUGCAUCGCAUCCGCCUACCGCCUGUGGAAGAGGCAGUGGCAGGGGCCGGGGAAGGAGUACUCGGCAGGCGCCCUCGUCUGGCAGAUCAACGACUGCUGGCCUGUCACGAGCUGGUCGAUCGUGGACUACUACCUGCGACCCAAGCACGCCUACUUCACCGUCAAGCGCGAGAUGGCUCCGCUGAGCAUUGGAAUCACACGGCGGGAGCAUCGUCACCCAAGGGACAAGUACACACGCGUCGACGUUGACGUGCACAGCGUCAUCGAGAUUUGGGGCUCCAAUCUCACGCUAGACCACGUGAAGGUGGACUGCGUCCUCAAAGCCUUUGACGUCGAGACCGGCGAGGAGACAUUUUCGGAGAAAGCCCAGUCCGACAUCCUCCUCAAGGAGAACCGCUCCACGGAGAUCCUCGCCAUGGACGUUCCCGUCGUCCACAAAGACAAGGGCGGUGAAGAGGCCCGCACCGUGGUCGCAGCCUACCUCAUCGCCGCCGACGGCACUGGAAAACAGCUCGCACGUUAUGUCAACUGGCCUGAGCCACUCAAAUACCUGCACCUGCAGAAGCCCAGCCGCCUCAAAGCCGUGCUCAACGAGGAGGGAAACGCUAUCGAGGUCAGUGCCGAGGUGCCCGUCAAGGGACUGGCGCUCGAGUGUGAGGAUAACGAGGUUAAGUUUGAGGACAACCUUGUAGAUAUUGUCCCUGGUGAGGUUGUGAGCAUAGGCGUCAAAGGGGCUAAAAAGGAUACGGUUUUUGCGACGCGGUACCUGGGCAUGAUUUGAUGAGUUGGUGGGGCCAGAACGGUGGUUGGAUUGGGAUUGAUGCGUCGUCUUCACUUGCUGAUUGCGAGUUAUGGAGGUGUUCGCACCAUAAAAUCCAGCCCAAACAAUCACUAAAGAAGCAUUGGUCGCUAUAACAAUGGUUCUUUAAUUAUUCACAAUAAAACUCGCUGUGAUC